AUGGAGCAGCCCGCGAUCCCCAGGGAUGCGAGACUGAUAGCACUCAUCCUGUCGAGCAUGGGCGUCGAUCAGGCCGAGCCCGGCGUUGUCGCCAUCCUCAUGGAAUUUGCCCACCGCUACACGACCGAGAUACUCACAGACGCACUCGUCUACGCCGAUCAUGCGCAUCGAGGUCUCGGCGCCUCCUCAGCCGCCAAUCUCACGCCAGACCUGGCAGACGUCAGGAUGGCACUCAAAGCCAAGCUUGAGCAUUCCAUGAGCUCUGCCUGGCCCAAAGAGUUCCUCAUGCCUCUUGCUCUUGAACUCAAUCGCCUCCCUUUACCGUCCCUGCCGGAGUCGUAUGGCGUCAGACUGCCGCCAGAGAAGGACCGUCUGACUGCCGCCAACUUCGAUCUCGUGCCUCGUCUGUCGCCCAAGCUGCCUAACGGUCUGGCUCUGGGCCUCAAACCGUCCCACGCUCCUCGUUCCCCACAGCAGACACACAAUGGAGCUAGCCACGUCAAUGAGGACGAAGAUGAGGACGAUGACGAUGAUCUGUUUGACGAGCCAGAACCGAUUCUGCCGGUGCAGAGGGUCAACAACGUCGCUUCCAAGAGAGAUCGAGCGAGUGACGACGACGAUGACUAUGAUUAG